AUGUUCUUAAAAGCCGCCGCACCGGAACCCACACAGGAGUACCACAGCGACCCAGCCAGGGUCCAAGAACUCCGCCGCCUACUCCUGGCAUCCAUUGCAAAGUCAACCCCUUGCGACUGUAUUCUCCUCUCUGGCGGUGUCGACACCUCGAUCCUGGCCGAGGCCGCCUUUGCCGUCUACAACCAAGCCAAGGACACCAACCCUGACGACGAUCAAUUGAAGCGGCCCCUGACUGGAGCAGUGACAGUCCUCUGCACCGAUCAAGCAACUGACGAGUUCUACGCCGCCCAGAUCGCGCACCGGACCGGACUGAUCCAAAAGGUCGUCAAGAUCACACUCGACUCUAUAUUGGAAGAGCUUGAGUUCUGUAUCCAGACCCUGGAGACGUUUGAUCCGAUGGAGCUCCGGAACGGGAUUGUGAUUGCACGCGGGUUGGCGGUCGCCAAGUCGUUGGGGUACAAGACUGUCAUGACGGGGGAUGGCGCCGAUGAGUUAUUUGCGGGGUACUCGUUCUUGCACAACAUGUCUGCUGAAAGGUUGCAGGCCUAUUCGGAUAAAUUGACCAAGACCAUGCGCUUCUCGGGCGUCACCCUCGCCAAGGCCUUGGGACUCGAGUUGGUUCAACCCUAUCUUGAUCCGGAGCUGAUCAAGUUUUCGCAGCAGUGUACACGGGACGAGAAGAUCAACACCCACUUCCAUGCCCAGGACCGUGAAUGGCAGGACCGUCUCUCGGGAACCCAGAUCCACGGAAAGUUUAUCCUGAGGGAGGCCUUUGAGAGGGAGGCUUUCUCGGCAUGGCGCAAGAAGGAGCCUAUCGAGGUUGGGUCCGGAACCACAGUCUUGCCCAAGCUGUUCCAAGAGUCGAUGAGCGCCGAGGAUUUAAAGAAGGAGCAGGAACGGAUCUUGGAGGAGGAAGGGAUCAAGAUCAGGGAUGUCGAGCAUUUGAACUACUUCAAGGUCUUCAAGAAGGUCUUUGGCAACGAUCUGUCGACGUACCCUGCGAAGCUGACCAGGGACGGACGGGAUCCUUGCCCUGGAUGCGGGUUCAACUUGACGACGCCUGAUCAGACGUUCUGUGUCAUCUGUGGACAAUGGCCCGCUCGUGUGCUUCCUCCGCCAGAAGAGAUCGCAAAGACUGCCACUGCCACCUCUGAAUAA